AUGCGACAUUUCAUGAGCUCAAUAGAAGAUACAACGAUCAACCGAUUUAGGGACCUUGCAGACUCAAGAAGAAGAGGAAGCAUGAGACUAGCAUCAACCCCCUUAGCCCCGUUGCAUAUCGCCGUUACGAAGGGCAAUGUGGAAUUAGUUGAGCUGUUUUUGCGCCAUGGCGCGGAUCCAAAUCUCCAUGCUGAGUUAUUUGGGACUGCAUUGCAUUUUACAAAAGAUAUUGGAAUAGCUAAGUUGCUUGUCGCGAAUGGAGCAGAUGUCAACGCCAGGAAUGGUUUGGGUGCCUCCCCAUUGUUCAUUGCUCUGGAUAGAGGCAAAAAAGACCUAUUUACCAUGUUAAUUGAAGCCGGAGCAAACGUCGAUCUCGUGGCAGAUAAUGAUGACACUUUGCUCAACUUGGCAAUCAAGCGGAGAGCUGGCACAUUUGUGGAAUUGCUGCUUGAUGCUGAUUGUAAGAUUGAGGGCUACGGCUCCGUGAUUCCUCCUUUACACCAAGCUGCCAAGCAUGGAUGA